CGCCGCCAUCCUGGCCUUUGGUUUGGGCGUUGCCGACAUCGACAACGGCCGCCGCAUCAUACCAGCCAGCUCGCCAGUGUCGACAAGAGCCAUGCCUCCCCGACCUGCAGAGCCAAGUGAUCCCAGAGGCGCAGCCCAGGCAUCCAUCAAGGCCCUGGCCUCGCAUCUGCGACAUACUCAUCUCAAGGAGAACACGGCCGAGUACCACAGGAUCAACAGACUCGCGGUCGCUGCGAGUGCAUCGGGUAAAGCGGCGCCGUUGCAGCAAAAUCCUCACAAGGUCAAUAUUGCUGAUGACACCCAGCCAAGUAGUCAUUCAACCACGAGCGCCAAGCCCGUAUCGCAACAGGCCUCACAGAGAAGAGCCGGUGCUGCUGUCCAGGCCUCUGGAUACAAGUUGCCGCCAACAGCCGGACUUGCUCCAUUGCAUCGGCCGCUUGCGCAUACGAAGAGCGCGGCAGCGUCGACAAUGACCACCUCGUCGACACAGAAGACGAGCUUGCCUCAAGAUGCUUCCGAUCCGACCCAGGCUCUGGCCUCACAGCCCUCUAUGGCCCCGACGGAGGACGCUCCCAACUCUGAAAGUGCUUCGGUGCGCCACAGUCUGAACAUCUCGUCGAUGGAGCGCUCAUGGUCGAUCGAUGACUUUGACAUUGGCAAGCCCCUGGGCCGCGGCAAAUUUGGGCGGGUCUACCUGGCGCGAGAGAAGCAGAGCGGAUAUGUAGUAGCUCUGAAGAUUCUGUACAAGGACGAAAUCACAAAAUACAAGGUCGAGAAGCAGCUGCGUCGAGAGAUCGAGAUUCAAACAAAUCUAAGACAUGAGAACAUCCUGAGGCUCUAUGGCUAUUUUUAUGACUCCAAGAGGGUUUACCUGAUCUUGGAAUAUGCAUCUGGAGGCGAGCUGUUCGAUGUCCUGCAAAAGCAUCGUCGAUUCAAAGAGCAUGUUGCCGCCAAAUACAUUGCACAGAUGGCAAGUGCCCUCAAGUACCUGCACAAGAAAAAUGUCAUUCAUCGCGACAUUAAGCCAGAGAAUAUGCUCCUUGGCAUUGGUGGCGAAAUCAAACUUGCAGACUUUGGUUGGUCUAUCCAUGCGCCAAACGCCAGGAGGAAAACGUUCUGCGGCACUGUGGACUACCUUGCUCCCGAGCUUGUUGCUCGAAAUCAGAGCCACGAUGCUGGUGUCGAUAUCUGGGCUCUGGGUGUCCUAUGCUACGAGUUUCUUGUCGGGGAUGCACCUUUUGCGAACGAGAAGCAGCAGGUCACAUUUCAGCGCAUUCAAAACAUCGACAUCCUCUUCCCUGCUCAUGUGUCUCCGGCGGCUCAGGAUCUCAUUAUCGGGCUUCUCCAAAAGGAGCCUCAUGACCGCUUGACUCUUGAUCAAGUCGCACAGCAUCCCUGGAUUCUUGCGCAUACUCAGCCUUUGGACCUCGGGUCACGGCCCCUCAGCUCCAAAGGCAGCCGAAGCAGAGUCCUUGAGAAUGAUGGCAAAGGGGAUGAGAGUGACGAAUGCAACCACUGAUUCAUUUGUGACGGAUCAAUGAAGCUUGGUGACUGCAGCCAGAGUGAGCUAUCUUGCCAUCAGGGACAAAUUUUAUACCAGUCCGGUCCCGGUCCCGGCAAAUAACAGUAGACGCAGGGCCAGGAACGAAUCGUAAACUGAGCGCUCACAUAUCAUGCUUGAGAGCGAUAAGCAGUGGACAGUGUUCAUCAGUGGUCCCUUUGAGAUGAAGGCUCAUAGACUUACACUCUGCCCGCUGAUGUCGUAAGCCACUGUAUCCAAGUUCGUCUUUGUUGGAAUGCUCACAGGCCCAACGGUGGAGUAGCUCAUAUGACCCACGGAAUCGCAUACCAC